GGUGGACCAGUGCGGACGUAAUUUUCCGACUCGUAUCCGGGGAGCGCGUGUUUACUGUUGUUGUUGUUGUUGUUGCGCUCGUUACUGUGUGGGUUGGGUAGUCGCUGCUUGGCUGUGCCUGUGUGGAGCGUGAAAAGUGUUCCUACAUUUCAUUCUGUUUUUGUUUUUUUUUUGGUACCGCCGCGCAACCAAGAAACCUGCCAGUGAAGUUGUGGUGUGGGUUUAUUUAAGCCAAAAACAAACGGAAGAAAAGCAGUCGAUCAGCCAUGAGGAAACGGAAACAGUGAAAUGUUGGGGCCGGUGCAACUUACGGUGAAAUCAAAAAAAGUAAAUGAAAAAAUAUUUAUAUCUAUACACAACAGUGAAAGCAAUUAAUAGUGAAAUAUAAAGUCAACUUAAUUGAAACGGAUGCCAAAGAUCAUCGAUCGACACAUUUAAAAUGCCAAAGAUGGAAAAGCUUGGAGGCCGAUUGGCGGCCAUUGUAGUGUUUCUCGGAAUGGUUCUCACGGUUGUCGAUACUGUUAAAGUAUCCUUCUAUGGAGCCAGCCACAUCGCGAUGCCCUUGCAAGAAGCGAAAAUUUCCACCAACAUCCGGCUGCGGUUCCGUUCCCGUCAGGAUAAUGCCCUGAUUCUGCUGACCGCCGGCAGAACCGACUACUCGCUGCUCAGCAUCGAUGGAGGUCGCAUACGGUUUAGUUUCAAAAUCGAUGACUAUCACACCGAUUUAUGGUCUCCGGUAACGCUAAAAUUCAACGACCUUCAGUGGCAUGAUAUAUCGAUUUCACGAUAUGCGGCCAAUUUAACGAUGCAAAUUGACGAGUAUUUUACUACCAAAACGCUUCCCACAAAUGUGACGGAGUUGAACGUUCAUUUUGGAGUGUUCAUCGGGGGAGUUGGAGCGUAUUCGGCACCGUAUCUGGGAUCGCUGGAACAUUUCAGAGGAUGCAUUGCGGAUAUUUUCUACAACAAUAUUAACAUCUUUAAGAGAGCUCGCGAACGCACGGGACACGUAACCAACGAAAGGGUUUCAUGGAUUUGUGCUCCGGAAUUUGAUGCAGACGUGAGUACGCCUAUAAGCUUUUUGGAUGACGAGAGCUAUGUCAUCAUCCAGAAGCCGACUUCCCGUUCCGGCGACCGGUGGAGUAUGGAGUUUAGAACGAAUGAGCCCUUCGGGAUGUUGCUGAGUAAUAUUCCAACAAGCGCCCGGUAUGACUUCAUGGCGCUGGAAAUCGUCGAAAGUCAGGUGCGACUCUUAGUGGGGAAAGGUUCCAAUGCAGUGGAGCUGAUCCCGGAUAGGAAUGUGUCCGACGGAAAGUGGCACAAUAUUUCGAUAACCUAUAGCCCUAUGCUUGUCGAUGUAACUGUAGACGAUGUAACGAACACUGCAACGUUUGCUAACGGUAGCAGUUCUGUGAUCGAGCUGGAGGAUGAGUUUUUCAUAGGAGGUUUCGACCACCGGAAGAAGCGCAAAGCAUUUCUGAAGGGAGCUCGAGCCACCGAGUCGAAUCUGAAGGGCUGUAUCCGGGACAUUGUUUUGGAUGAUCAUGUUGUUGGUUUUCCCAAUUUUAAGGUUACCCAUGGCGUGACGGUCGAUUGCGUUUGGCGCUAUCCUUGUAUCGAGAAACAACCCUGUAUUCCAUCUGGCCGUUGCCAUCAUCAGGGAAUCAACGAUUUUAUUUGUGCCUGUGACCAGGCCUAUUGCAUAAAAGCAGAUUAUUCCGAAAGUUAUAAAAUAUUUUCCCGAUCGGAUCUCAUUCUCGAGAAGGAAUUGAUGUUCAUUAGUCCAUUGGAUGUGAUGGAGGGAGGCAUCACGUUUCUAUCGCCCAAAAAUAUCGAAGUGCUGUUCGAUUACGUCAAAUCGGGAAUACAGGAAGCUGGGAUAAUUUUUCACCUUAUUCAACCUCCCAAACAUGGGAAAGUAACAAUCCAUUCAUACGGAGCGGAAGGAAACUCCACUGCAACUCAAAUGAAAUUUUUCUCCCACAUCGAUCUUACUACCGAUAAAGUUAAAUACACGCAUAACGGAGCUGAAAGUUUGAAUGAUCACAUGACCAUAGAUAUGCAGAUAGUUUCCGCCAACAGGAAUAAUCUCCCAAAAUAUCUGGAAGGGAAGCAUCGUUUCGUGCUGCACGUCAACGUAACACCUGUCAAUGAUCCUCCGGUUUUGAAACUUCCUGCAAAUAAACUGCUUCGAGUAACCCAAGGCAUCCCGAAACCAAUAGGACCGGAACUUUUGCAAUCUGAAGACCCCGAUAGUCCUCCGGAGUCACUCAUCUACACAGUCUUGAUGAAUCCUAACUCCGAAGCACAGCAAGGUCGGUUCGAACUAAAUGGUCGAUCGGUUGCAACAUUUUCGCAAUCGGAUGUAAACAACGGGCUAGUUUCGUACCUGAUCAACAUCCGUGGUUCCGAUGAUGCAUCGUUUGAUCUCAACAUUCAAGUUUCCGAUGGUAUGGAGACAAGUCCUGCAAGUGCCAUUCGAGUUUCGGUACUACCGUUGCAGUUGCGAAUGAUGAACAACACCGGAUUGGUGCUGAUUCACAAGUCUUCAGCAUUGAUAACACCCUACAAUCUGUCGUUUGUACCGAAUUCAGAAGAGGAAAAUGUUGAUAUCAGAUUCGAUGUGGUGCAAGCUCCGAUUUAUGGAAAUCUUCAGAAACUGCGAACGGUUGAUUCUUCAUGGAUUGGUAUCGAUUCUUUCAGCAGCAGUCAGCUUCUAUUGGAGCAGAUUCGUUACCUUCACUCCUCCGAAAUGCCACAGCAUGAUGAAUUUAAGUUUACUGUCACCCUUGGUCCGGUAACGACACCAACCUACGAUUUUCGCAUAUCGUUCACCAAACUUCGCAUCGGAGUCAUCCGUCAGAACAACAUGUACAUCAACACCAAGGAAAACACUAUCCGUGCCGAGUAUCUGUACCAUCAAACGACACCGAUAACGACAUUCGCUCGCAACAUUAUCUACACCGUAGUGAAGCCACCGCGAUUCGGUAUAAUCUACGUUGAUGGUCACCCCGAAUAUGCCAAACCGGGAGAUUCGUUCACUCAGCAAGAAAUCGACAAGAACCUUAUCAAGUACCGCACUUACCAGUCCUCGUACGGAAACUUCAUUGACACAUUCGAGUUUGUAGUUUCGGUACCGGAAUGCGAGGAUGUUCAGGGUAAACUUGAUUUCAUCUACAACCCGCCAGACUAUUUGGCCAAACAAAUCAUCUAUCAGAAACGUGAGAAGAUGUUUGUACACGAGGGUAACAAAACGGCCCUGUCCAGAACUAACUUUGAAGUUCUGUUCAACAAGUUUAGUCACCUUACUUUUAACUUAACCCAUCACCCGAAGCAUGGUACUUUGUGCAAGGUUAAUCCGAGGACUUUCGAGUCCAAGGAAGUUAGUUCGUUUACGUUGCAGUAUUUGUAUUUGGGUGAUAUUCACUAUUGUCACGACGAUUCGGAAUCAACGGAAGACAGUUUUAGAUUGCUGAUUUUGUCCGAUGAUGAAACGGACUUCCAGUUUGUUUGCGAAAUACAGGUGGAAAUAACUUUACUGAACGAUAAUGGGCCUUAUCGUGUCUUUGACAAAGUAUUUCAUAUAGUAAGAGACGAAACGAAAUUAUUGACUUCACACGACCUGAAGUACGCUGAUCCCGAUAUGGAUACCAGAAACUCAGACAUUGAAUACAGAUCUGUGACUUGCACCAACGGAGAGUUGUUGAGACAUGGAAAGCUAGUAGAGUUCUUCACACAGGAUGAUUUGGACUCACGAAGGCUUCUAUUUCAACACAACGGAACUGAUCAAGGGAAGCUAGCUUUCAUAGCCACGGAUGGGCUGUAUGAAGUUCCUGGAAUGUUAGAAAUCGAGGCUUCAGAUCCAUUUUUGAAAAUACGAGAAAGCAAUGCUUCGAUUGUUCAGGAAGGGCGUGUUGUGCUUCUGACAUUAGAAGACCUUAACGUCGAUACCAAUUUGAACGUAAAACCUGAAGAAAUAGACUACCGAAUGCUGAAUGAGCCGAGUAAUGGUUUGCUCAAACUAUUCAGGAGCAAAUUCAACACCACCCAGUUGCACAAACUGAGUAACGCCACGACAACUAUGAAUUUCACCCAGGCUGAUAUCAUUGGCGAACGCUUGGUGUACUGGAAUCGAGAUGUGGCUUCCAUGGAUAAGAUACGAUAUCGCGUUACUACGAAAGGUGUCUGGGCAGAAGGAGAAAUUAUGAUCCGAAUUUAUCCUCCAGCUUACUGGGAACCACUGAGGAUACGCCGCAACCAAACUUUGUUUGUCGAAGAAUCCACCAGCGUUAUCAUCUCGAGGGAUAUCUUGGAGAUCGUUCAUCCCAACAUUUCACCGGGAGACAUAACAUACCUUGUGACGACACAACCUCAGCACGGUUACCUGGAAAUUCAAUCGAUCACGACGGAUGACGAAUACAAUUCGAAAGUAUUCGACCAGUCCACUAUCAACGCGGAAAAAAUGUUCUACAUCCAGGCGGGCGUUAAUCAGUCUUCAGACUUCUUCACCUUUGACGUAACGAACGGAAUAACCUGGCUUCGGGAUCUGGUGAUGAGGAUCGUUAUCAUUCCUGAGAAUUUGUACAUCAAAACCAAUGUAAUAGUUGUAGAAGAAGGAAAAACUGUUAGAAUCGAGCCAACGGACAUGGUGCCCUAUUCGGAGUACUAUACCGGCAAGAUUCUGGAGUACAAAAUUCAGGAACAUCCUCAGCACGGUAGCAUCAAGUCGGGCAAAUCGUCGAAGGUGAAUCGUUUCACCCAGAAGCAACUGGAGGCGGGCAUCAUAACUUACGUGCAUAAUGGAAGCGAAAAUUCAUCGGAUACGAUUCGACUAAUAGCGCUGGCCAGAAACAAGGACAGUGUUCCGUUCAGUCUGAACAUUCAAAUACUGCCGAUCAACGACGAGGUGCCGCAGGUGGUUACCAAUACCGGGCUUCAAAUGUGGAUCGGUGGAAAAUCGAUGAUCCAGAGUACAGAUUUGAUGGUCCAAGACUACGAUACUUUCCCAGAGAACCUAACGUUCUACAUCACCCAGAUGACAGGCGGUUAUUUGGCAUUGAAGGACAGCUACAACAGAAAGAUUCAUACCUUUACCCAGGAAAAUAUCAACCAAAACCUGGUAUACUUCAUCCACGACAGCAGCAAUCAGAACGGAAAAAUAGCAUUCUACGUGAGUGAUGGAAUCCACAACACCACCGAACAGGUGCUGCACAUCGUCACCAAUCCGGUAACAUUGGAGCUGGUUAGGAAUGAGGUUCUUCACGUUUUUCCCCUAACGCGAAAGCAAAUCCUACCGGAUCAGCUGUUCUACAAGUGUUCGGAUGACGAUCGCGAAGUUAAGUAUGUGGUCACAGUUCCACCCCAGCUGGGACGAUUGAUUUACGAACACCUGGAGUUUGGUUAUAACACCGAGAUAACCGAGUUUCGCCAGCAUGACGUUGAAAAUGGAAGGAUAUUCUACGAGCACACCCACGCCAUGGUGGAACUUAAAACGAAUGACUCAUUCUACUUCGAUGUGACAGCUCCGCUCUCAAACAGUUUGGUAGAUCAAAUUUUCAAUAUCGAUGUGUCGGUUUCUUCGGGAGGUUUGUUAAGAUUCUUGCCCGUUCCAAGAAUAACACUUGAUGAAGGCGAAUCGGCACCGAUUAAGCUUGAUUUGUCGAAAAUUUUGGAAUAUUUGGAAACGAGAGCAGGGAUCCAGAAUCCGGAGCUCUAUAUUGAGGUCUACGACCCUGCCCAUGGGUUGGUUGAACUGGAUGAAUCUGCCGCGGAUUUGAAUAGGUUUUCGUUGAACGACUUCUACAGCAAUAAAGUAUUCUACAAACAUGACCAUUCCGAUAGUGUUGAAGAUAAGAUAGCAUUGGCAGUUUAUCUCGUGCCGGGUCAUUUGUUUUUGUGCAAUAUAACGAUCCCCGUUACGAUCAAUCCAGUGAAUGAUCAACCGUUCCAUUUGGUUACAGCUUCGCCGCACAUUUCGGUUAUUGAGGGAGAGAAUCAAACCAUAACUUCGACUCAUUUGCUCACCGAAGACGCUGAUACGGAUCCUAAAGAUAUAAUUUAUGAUGUAAUCAGUGGUCCUAAUUUGGGCGUUCUACUCAAAAUAUCAGAUGAAGGUUAUCCUCAAGACAUCAUAACUUAUGGAAAUCAGUUUUCUCAAGCAGAUAUCAAUGAGAACCGUAUAAUCUAUACGCAUUCUGGGAACCCUCAAUCAACGACGUUUUAUUUUAAAGUAUCGGAUGGAAAGUUCAAACCAGCCUAUCAGAUAUUUAACAUCAAGGUCCUGCCGAUCACGAUACUACCUGGGUUUAACAACCAACCGAUUUUGGUUCAACAGGGAACCACUUUGGGUGUACUUGAGCCGAAACACGUAUCAGUUGAGACCAAUGUUCAGAAGACUCGUAUUGUUUAUAACAUAACCAAGAAUCCUUUGGGUGGAAUCCUCAUAGCGAACAACAAACCUGUGACGAAAUUCACUCAGCGACAGCUAGAUGAUGGUAAGAUCAGCUAUAUGCAAACCGAUACGACUCGUUCGAAUGAUACUUUCCAGCUGGAUGCUUUCAUUCCGGAUACAACCUCGGCUUGUUUGGUUGAUGUGAACAUGAUCGUGCAACCAUUUAUCAUAAUUAAUCCGGUAACGAUAACACCAGGAGAGCGAAGUCGUUUGAGCUCUACCUUCAUUUUUGACAAUCCAGCUCAGUUGAAGUUGAAUCGAUACAAUCCCAAGAUAACGAUUACGCGGAAACCAAAGUAUGGAAGAUUACGCAAAAUCGUUCGAAGUUCUGGUGUAGAUUACAUCGAACAGCCGAGUGACAAAGAUAUUACAACAUUCACCUACAAAGAAUUGAAAAGCGGGGUGAUUUACUAUGUUGCAAGGAAGUUCAGCCAAGAGUUCCAAUCGAUAAACGAUAACUUUGAAUACGUUCUAUCCACGAAGACUGCGCAGCCUGGACAAGGUACCGUACCGAUUGAGAUAUACUCUCCCUCGAGAAACUCCAACGGGAGCAAUGAUGUAGACAUCGUUACAGCCGAUAGCGCCUUACCAUGGGAUUAUCUUAUAGCAGCCUGUGCAGCAGCUGCUGUAAUCGUUAUCCUUAUUCUGAUCAUAAUUGCUCUAAGAUGCCGAUCAAGCCGCUCCCAUAAAGAUCAUCCGGAUAAAGAUCAUCCACCGUCCCUCCCAAGACCGCCAGACUUUAUGACCCUGAACAAUCGCAUGUACACACCAUCGGAAAACGAAUCUCUUCCGGUGACAAAUGCUUCAACUCCGCUGCCCAUCAUCAGCAGUAUACCCCAUUGCAAGGUCAUUCCCAUUGGCUUGGACAACUUUCAGCUAGACUCGGAGAGCGAAGAAGACAUGCUGGACAUGAACGAUGAUCUGCUGCAGCACCAGAACAAUCUCAACUAUCCCUACGGAGACGAAGCAGACCAGUGGAGCUCGUCAUGCGAUGUUGGGCCCGAUGUGGGUUACUCUACGAUCGCCCAUCAGAAUGCACAACAACACCAGCAGCUACUACAGCAACCGGUUCUAGCUUCGCAACAACAGCAUCUACAGCAACAACAGCAGCCACUUCUAGCUUCGCAGCAGCAGAAAGCGAAUCCGCUACUGCGACGAAAUCAGUAUUGGGUGUAGGGACAUUUCUCGGUAGAAAGAAUACACGUUUAGCCAAUUUCGACUUUCUAUUGUACAGAGUUCAUAAAUUACUUACUUAACCUUCCAAAGCCGUUCGCUAAAAAUCCGUUUCGGGUAAAUUUGAACUGUAGUUUGAUUUCGUUCUCAUGGCUUCAAAUGUUAACCGAUUUUGAUGAUAUUAUAUUCAUUGUGUAGGUAAUUUAUUCUUAUUACUCAACAUUUCAAAAUAAAGUUGAUAAAUAUUACCACAUUAUCAGAAACUGGUCCAGAAAGUAAAAAGUCCGAAAAAUCAAUUUUAUUUUUAAAAUACUCAUAACUUCUGACAGCUUUUCUGUAUUUAACUGUUUUAUUAAUGUUUGAAAUCGUCAAGAAUCCAUCUAUCCGACAAUGUAUAGAUAUGUUGGGGUCCAAUGGAAGUGUUGACCGCUAUGACUAAUCUUCCGGUAGAAAAAAAUCUUACUUUAAAAGAACGAAAUCCAAUUUUGGCUUUGCUUAGCUGUAUUUCAUUUCCCAAUGAACCGAUUUUCAAAACUCAAAUUUUAAUUUUUUGGCGUUGAUUUGAUCAUUAUUUUCAUUGAACAUACUUGGUCUGUCUUAAUUACCAGUUCAUCAGUAUAUUGAAAUGAUGAUAAACAUGUUUGAAAUGUGCGCUUCGGGUCAUAUUGACCCGAACGGCUUUGGAGGGUUAAGCUAACUAAGCUCCUUCUGCUACGUAAUUUAAAACGAUUUUAUUUCGAUCAGUGCCUUUUGUGGGCCGUACUUCAUUUUAAUACUAUACCGGCAUGCCUUUGAAUUCUAUUUACAUCAGAAGAUUUGAACUGAAAAGAAACUUAAAUUUGCCAUCCAGCGAUUGGUGCCACAUCAAUAAACUUAAGCUAGAAUAAGUGUCCGGAACGAGAUUCGCGUGCGAAAGGUUGUAGAGUGAAAGGUCAAUCACCUUAGUCGAAAAAGGUGUGUGUUUCGUUUGACUUAUGAUAGGAAGCAUUUUAUUCGGUAGUACUUAAGGUUUGAAUGAUGAAUACAUUAAAACGAUUUUCAACU